AUGGCUGCAUCCGGGCGCAGGUCCAGAAUCUCUGGGGGAUGCGUCACUCCUUCAGAAGCCUGGAAAGAACUGUACCAAGUGCGGCCGUAUAGAUCUAGACUGCAGGACCUGACUGGUCACACCUUGGGUGGGGGAGCGUCGCUGUCCAAGCGGGAGCCUGAGGUUCUGAAGCCAGGAGCCACUGGACCAGUCCCGUGGCGGAGGGGCUCUGCCUCAGAGCCUCUAGCCUUGGUGACAGGAGGCGUCACUGGGGGACAGCCUUUGAUUGGGGCGCACUGCUGUCUGUGGAGGAGGCUUUGCGCCAUCUUCAUCUAUGAGGAGCUGCCAGAGACGCCAGACCAGGCCACCACCUCUUCCUUCGACAGACAAGGGGACAAACUCAGCCCAUGUGCUGGGAGCACACCUGGCAGGCCACCAGAGGACACAAGUGAGACAGACUUCCCUGAUGGUUCUGGCCGGCUGUGGUUCUCUGUGGAGUACCAAUAGGAGUCUGAGCGGCUGCUAGUGGGCCCAAUCAAGGUGGCAGAGACCAGCAGCCCCCUGGUAAAGCUCCACCUACAGCCCGAUGAACGGCACUUCCACCAGUCCAAGACAAAACAUGAAACCUGCAGCCCACAGUUUGAUGAGGACUUCAUCUUCCAAGUAUCCAGUGGAAGUGUCCCUCAGAGAGUGCUGAAGUUCUCCAUGUAUCAUGUAAAUAAGCAAAGGAAACACCAGCUCCUUGGGCACAUGCUAUUCCUGCUGAAGAAUGAAAACCCUGGGGCCAGGGACCACCAUUACAUCAUCUGGAGGGACCUGGAAGCUGAGAAUCUGGAGGGCCGCCUAGAGAGCAUCUUCCCUCCACCCCUGGUCAUCAUCCUACAGUGGCUCAGAUGUAGGCCCUGGAGAGGAUGGGACCGACGCCUCCGCAGACAUAGGACUCCGGAGUAA